GCCUGUCUGCGCCUGAGGAUAUGAGGUAAAGCUGAAGUGCGGCUCUCAGUGUGGGAAAGUCGCACUGAUUCUUGAGAAAGAACCAGUGUUGUUCAAAUGGCUGACAAGCACACAUCAGGAGACGGCAGGAAUAACCUCAGUGAAUCUUUACUGGAUUGUAAGGUUUAUGCAGCCAGUGGUUCCACCAAAAAGGAGUCAGAAGACCGGAAUCUGUGGCCCAGAGUGUUGGCACAAAAAUGGACCGUGAUGCUGUUUUUGGGCAGCUGCCUCCUCUACUGCGCCAGGAUGGCCAUGCCGAUCUGUGCAGUGUCAAUGGCAGCCUCUUUCCACUGGAGUAAGAUCGAUACUGGGCUGGUUCUGGGCGGAUUCUUCUGGGGUUACUGUUUCACACAGAUCCUGGGAGGACAUGCCAGUGACAAGGUGGGAGGAGAGCGCGUCCUGUUAAUCUCUGCAGUCUCGUGGGCUCUGAUCACAACUGCUACUCCUCUUCUGGCCCACACAGGCUCUCACACACUCGCUCUCAUGACUAUGGCCAGAUUCCUCAUGGGAGUAAUGCAGGGUGUUUAUUUCCCGUCUUUGGCCAGCCUUUGCUCACAGCGUAUAGUGGAAGGAGAGAGAGGGUUUUUAAUGAGUGCCAUGAACAGCGGUUCCAAUCUUGGAACAUUGCUAGCAGGUGGGAUGGGGUCGCUGAUGCUGGACCAGUAUGGCUGGGAAAGCAUGUUCUACAGUAUUGGUUUCAUGGCCGGACUCUGGGCACUCAGUGUUUGGCUGUGUUUACUAAAAGGUUCAGAAGUUGCCCACAAGCGGAUGGAAACAAGUAAAGACCCACAAUGGAGUUUGUCAAGAACACGCUGGCUGAGUCUUUUGAAGAAGCCUCCUGUCUGGGCCAUGGUGUUUACUCACAUGUGUGGAUCCUGCACUUUCUACACGUUAUUGUCAUGGUUGCCAACAUACUUUGAAGAAACAUUUCCACACGCACUGGGGUCGGUGUAUAAUGUAGUUCCAUGGCUUGUUGCAAUUCCGUCUGCACUGAUUGGAGGAUAUAUGUCAGAUUUUAUCAUCAAAAAAGGAUGUGGUGUAUUAUUGGUGAGAAAGACAAUGCAGUUCCUUUCCAUGGGCGUAUCGAGUAUGUUUAUAAUAUCUCUGUCUGGAGCUGUCACAUUUCGCUCUGCUGUGAUUUUCAUCUCUGCAUCUAUUGGUCUAUCCACAUUCGGCACCAGUGGUGUCGGAGUGAAUGUACAGGAUCUCACCCCAUCAUGUGCUGGUGCCCUCUAUGGUUUUAUGAAUAUGAUGGGAGCUUUCAUGGGACUGGUGAUGGUCUCCGUGUCGGGUUACCUGAUCGAGGUCACGCAGUCGUGGACCACCGUGUUCUCCCUCAUCACGUUAGUGAAUACCACAGGCCUCGGUGUUUUCCUCAUCUUUGGAGAUGCUCGUCGUAUCGACCUGGAAGAUUACGAGCAGGGUGUGAUUUGACCCAAAUGGUAAAUGGUCUUUCUUUUAUAUAGCACCUUUCUAGUCUUGCCACCACUCAAAGUGUUUUACACCACAUGUCAGCAUUCAUGCAUUCACACAUUCACACACACAUUCAUACACUGAUGGCAAUGGCUGCCAUGCAACCCACCCAUCAGGAUGUAAUCUAAAUACUCAUUCACGCACCUAUUCAGGAGCAAUUUGGGGUUAAGUAUCUUGCUCAGGGACACUUCGACAUGUGGACUGGAAGAGUCUGGGAUCAAACCUCCGACCGCUCUAGGGUUAGGGUUCAACCCCCCACAACGUUAAAGGUCUUGACACGCCAAGUCGAACGUCGGCAAUCGGACAGUUUGGGGCUGUUGUUGAGCGUUCGUCAGCCUAGUUUUUCCGGUGUGUCCCGCGCCAUUGGCUCUAGUCUGACCGUGGCUGAGUUUUUUCAGAUGAUUCAGCAUGUUGAAUCGUCGGGGAGAGAAAUCACUCUGAUUGGCAGUUCAGCUUAAAUGAAUCAGUACACGGGAAAGAGAACGGAAGUGAGGAAAGCAAGCCAACAAGUAAAGUCAAGAUGAAAAACACAGAAGGCUCUUCUCAUUUCUCAUCUUCAUCUCGUCUGAUCAUAACAAUACACGGAUAUUUUAACAGCGACAGGCCAUCUGGAAUGAAGCUAAGUGGUGAGUGAGAGUGGUGUGAAAAUGGUCGGCAAACGCUGCUUUGUUUCAUGUACGUAUCAUAACGACAGCUUGUA